UCAGAGGACAAGACAAUCAAGAUCUUGGACACAGUAACAGGCGUGUGUCUUCACGCGUUGCAAGGCCAUGAGGACUAUGUGAGAUCAAUGGAGUCCUCUUGCGACGACGCACUGCUCGCCUCCGCAUCAAGGGACUACACUGUGAAGAUGUGGGAUAUGAACACAGGAACAUGUAUUCAGACACUCACAGGCCACCAUGGCAUCAUCUGGUCAGCAGCCUUCUCGACCGAUAACGCACUACUCACGUCAGCCUCAAAUGACUACACAAUCAGCAUUUGGGAUAGUUAUGGAAUACCGGCUGACAACACGUGGAUCACUUGGAACACGCAUAAUCUGCUGCGCCUACCGCUUCCAUUCCAGCUUUCGUAG